GAUGGGUCGUGAAGGCUGACGUGAUCAGUUCUGAAUCCACAUUUUCAGAGCGAUUUACUACAUCUCAAUGUUCUCAAUGCCCAGAUGUCACUUUUGUAUGUAAAUUGAAUUUCUUAAAAUUAUAUAUGCAUUCCAGAGAUAUGGCGAUAUCCAUUUCGCAAUUGGUGCAGACAACUCUUCUCGCCACAGCCAUCGUAACAGUUUAUGCAGGCAACAAAGACGGGGAUGUCAAGUUCCUUCAGUAUAACGACCGUCCAUCUGACACUCCCUUUGAAGGUGUAGUGCAAGUGUACAGGGAGCUCGAGGGUAACUGGGGCGGUAUAUGCUCUAACGGUGCCAGCAUAACGGACGCCACGGUGAUCUGCAGGGGACUGGGGUACAAGCUGGCUACGAGGGUCACGAAUGCCGCCAAAGAUUUCCCCGAUCAUGAGAACAAAGAAGUGACUCUAUCUGAAGUUUCCUGUUCUGGAUCUGAGACGCACUUGGGUCACUGUAGUUUGACUUGGAACAACGGGGAGGCAUCUUGUUCCGACAACGACGUCCUUGCUGUUGCUUGCAGCCCCAUUACUGAUUAUGCUGUCCGCCUGAAGGGCGGUGCCAGUUGGUAUGAGGGGCGUGUGGAGGUGUACCACGAGGGCUCGGGCCACAGUUACUGGGGGACCGUGUGCAACGAUUUCUGGGGGACAAAGGAUGCCAAAGUCAUUUGUCGACAGUUGAAGUAUGGAGAUCCUGAUAAGGCCCGGGUGGAAGACGGUGACAACUAUAAGUCUGGGUCAGCCGGUAUGCCGGUUCUCUUGGAUAACGUGCACUGUGAUGGAACGGAGUCCGACCUUUCCAAAUGUAGAGCUAACGAUUGGCACGACGAAAACUGCUUCUUUAACACUGAGCUUGCGGCUGUUUUUUGUGAACCUGCAGGUAAGACAGGACGACCGACCACCGGUGCAAUCGUAGGUAUUGUGAUAGCCUGUCUAGUCGUCGCGUGCUUUGCACUUGUCCUCUGCUGCCUGUGCUACAGACAGUAUGAGACCAAGAAGAAGGGCAGCAGACGCCCGGCUCCUGGGCCCAGCCACACUGCCAACGUCGCCUACAUCAGCAACGGAGGGUUGAGCACCGGUGGCGUUGCAUUCAUCAACCCCGGACAACAGCAGCCUGUCCAGUAUAUCAUCCCUGGGGCUGCCCCGGCCUAUACCCCGUCGAUGCCUUUAGCUCCACCUCCUUAUUCCCCAGCGGAAGCAACAGGAGGCGAUGGUGGGUCGAUACACGACAGUGCCAAUCCUCCGCCAACCGACGACGACUGAACCACAAUCAUCAAAAUGCUGUUCACAUGCAGCCGCAUUUUCUUUAAAACGGUCUGUGGGAUGAAUUUUUCUAAACGUUAUUGUGUGACUUAAUUGCUCCUUUUCAGUGUCUUAUUUGUGUUUAUGCUGUGAUGUCAGUCACGGACAUCGUUCUCUUUUCAGCUCAAACUGUAGGACUACGCCCAAAAUUUGAUCAUUGAAAAUAUACCUGAGAAAAAGUUGGCCAACUCCAUGUGCUUACACAACAAUGGACCACCAAACCAUUGAAUCUUGUGCACAAAUCAAUACGACUUUUGGUCCUGGAUAUGGAAAUACUCAUUAGCAUAAAUAAAAAGUCCCUAAUUUCCUUUAAAAUAACCUUGUUACUGAAAACAAGGUUUAUUUUCGGGAAUGUUCAGUUGUUGUGAGCCCACUAUGCAGGGAUAAACUAGUUGUGAUGGCUAUGUGCGCUUUAUAAAUAUCCACUAUUAUUAUGAUCAUCCGUGUAAGCAAGUUUGUAAGAAUUGCCGUAAGCAAUGAACAUUUUUUUCCAUCCAUACUCCGUCAAUCUACAAUGUAUUUGUUCGUUUACGUUAUUACAUGUAUAAAGUUUACAGUAAAAUGAUCUUUAUUAUUGUAAGCAUUCAAAUGUCAAUUGUGCAAAGCUUUAAGGAACCGCAACGUGCAUCUCACCUUUUCUCUGAUCCAUACUACAUCAAUGUAUUUUUGUUAACCUAAAUAUAAAAUGUUAAGUAAAGUAGGUCUUUUUGUUUUAAAGUUCGACCAGUUGUGGAAAUAUUUUUAGCAAUAGCAAUAUGUGAUUUAAAAUAGCCGUUUUACUGAUCCAUACUUUACCAGUUUAUGUCUUUACACAGAUGUAAUAUUUGUUUAUAAAGACUGCUUAACAACGAACCGAAUUCUAAAAAUGCACGCGUUAUAUUUAAAAACAUGGCUUUUAAACACAAUACGUUAAUUUUGAUUUUUGUUUACACUCUAAUAAAAUCGUUUAAGUCAACUCGUCUAGUAAUCUGACAGCAACCGUUUUGGACACGGGUAAAAAUGUAUGAAAGCUUUCACAUUCAUGUGCGGGUUACCUUCAUUAUUAUAACCAUACAACUGUACCUUUGUGAUUUGAGAGUGUGACUGCGAGCCAUAGUUUAUAUUUUCCAUUUAAAUGGCCAAUAUUUGUUGUAAUUGUUGUGUUGCCAAUUUGUCUUACUAAUAUGACUUCACCUGGCAGUUUUGUAACUUUCUGCCAUAAUGCCGGUGUUAGCCAAACGAAAUAAUCAUCUAGCAUUGUCUCAUUUUACACUCGCUUAUAUAAUUACAAGUCAUACCACGGAAAAUACAAACCCAUGAGUAUCUGUUAAUGACGCUGUUCAUUGCAAAGGUGCAUUUGUUCCUUUAAAACACGAAAACACGUCUUCUUUUACUCAAGGAUACAAAUGUAGCCGCUGGGAUCCAUGCAUGAAAAGACACUUUUCUUGCGGUAGCAGACCGGAUAAGCGACUGUUACGCUAAUAGUAAGCCUUCCCUAAUCCAAACUGGCUCUUCGAACAUAUCAUUUCGUCCCAUUGCCGGGCUUGGGCGUAGAAUUAGAUUUUGAAUUACUAACACUCAACACUAGCAUAUUAGAAAUGAUAAUUUGGAUUUUUUUCGUAAAAUAUGGAAUCAAAUAAACUUUGCUUGACAGGUCACUGGC